AUGAGCUAUAAUUGUAUGGAAAUUGUUGGACCUGAUGGAAUAAUGGUUUGUCAUUGGAUGCAAGCACAAUAUCUUUUGUUUCAACAUUUGGUGGCUGAUGUGAAUUGUUCGAAGCAUAAAAAGAUCAGAAAACAAGUGAUGGAAAUUUUGAAAAAUAUGGAAUCGGGUUAUUAUAUUUCAUUGGAAGAACUUGAGAUAAUCAUCAAAAAUUUCAAAACUGAAAAAUCGAUUUAUUUGAGAAAAGUGAAUUUGGAAACUCCGUUGACUAUUAUUCAUAACAAUAAAUUCGAUGAAAUGAUUCCUCGAACAUUUUUCAUGGAUUUGUUGCAAAUUAUUACAGAAGAGUAUUUUUUGGAGGAACCGGGUGGAGGUGGAGAAUUUGAAUUUUUGGCGAGGAUGUUUUUGAAUUGGUUGAAAAUUGAGGGAGAUUUGAAGGAGAUUGAGAGUUGGAAAGCGAGAUAUGUUUUGAUGAAUUAUUGGAUUUCGAAUUUCUUUGGCGACAAAGAGAAAGAUGUUGGUUUUUUAAUGGAAUUUAUGUUUUCCAUGAGUUAUGACGUGGCAAAUCUUGAAAAUUGAUUUCUAACCCGCUUUUUUGUAACCUAGAAGUUUGCUGACACAAUUCUGGGAGCCUGAAAAGCUUCAGACCUGAAUUUUAUAGCCUGACGCAUUUUUUGUAGCUCUGAAUUUAGCUGAAGCUUUUUCGUUAGCUCAGAAUGUUGCUGACGCAUUUUUUGUAACCUAGAAGUUUGCUGACACAAUUCUGGGAGCCUGAAAAGCUUCAGACCUGAAUUAUAUAGCCUGACGCAUUUUUCGUUAUCUCAAAAUGUUGCUGGCGCAUUUUUUCUAGCUCAGAAUGUUGCUGACGCAUUUUUUGUAGUCUAGAAGUUUGCUGACACAAUUCUGGGAGCCUGGGACGCAUUUCGGUACCCUGAAAAGCUUCAGACCUGAAAUUUAGAGGCUGACGCAUUUUUUGUAGCUCUGAAAUUUGCUAAUUAUCAAAAUUAGUUUUUCAGUCAAAAAAAUGAUGAAAAAUCAAUAUUUUUGAAGCUUCUGGAGGUGAUUUCUGAUGAAAAUGACCUUAUUUUGAAAUUCAUCGAAAUUUGAAAUUCUUUAUUUCACGAAAAAUCAGCAAAUACUUUUUUUUGACCUUGGAAUUCACUUUGCUGAUUUUUCGUAAAAUAAAAAAUUUCAAAUUUUGAUGAAUUUCGAAAAAAUGAGGUAAAAUAGGGUUCUCAAAGCUCAUUUUCAUCGGAAAUCACUCCAGAAGCUUCAAAAAUUUCGAUUUUUCAUGAUUUUUGACUAAAAACGCAUUUCCAGUGACCCCUGAAUAACUGAAAACUUGCUUCUGGAAUUAUUUUCAUGCAAAUCAUUUUUGAAGCUAGUUUUCACCACCUAAAAUCCUGAUUUUUCCAAAAUUUCCAACUUUGUCAUAAAAACAUUGUAGGUCAAAAUUAGUUUUUCAGCCAAAAAUGAUGAAAAUCGAGGAUUUUUGAAUCUUCUGGAGUGAUUUCUGAGGAAAAUUGACCUUGGAAUUCACUUUUCAGAAAUUUUUGCUGAUUUUUCUUUUUUCAAAAUUUCAAAUUUCGAAAAAAUCACAAAAAUGAGGUAAAAUAGGGUUUUCAAAGCUCAUUUUCAUCAGAAAUCACUCCAGAAGCUUCUCGAUUUUUAACAUUUUUUCGUUCGUGAAUCAGCCAUAUUGCUUUUGGCUAAAUUCCAAAAAUAUAAAAUAUCCUCAAUUUUUUUCGCAGACUCGCUGCAAUAUUUUGUUCGCCUUCACUGUUUCUUUGCCAUUUGUCAAACUUCCAAACGCAAAAACUUUAAAAAUGUGGAAAGUUUCGAUUUUGGAGGGUGAAAAUUGUUGUGUUGAAUAUUCGAGAAUGAAUCAAUGUGUUGAAAAUAUGAAAAUUUGUCAGAAAACUAAUAAGAAUUUCAAAUGGACUGGUAAUUUUUUGGAUUUUCAUUUUUUUGUCAAAUCUUUUCACAAAUUUUUUUUUGCAGAUCUUGUUCGUAUUCAUGAAAAAGGUGCGAGUUUCAUUGCUUCAAAUCCACGAAAAGAAGCAUUGAUGAAGAAAUUGAUUGAAGAUAAGGAUAAGAAAACAACUGAAGAAGUGUUGGAUAAAAUUGUUGAAAAAUUCACCGAAAAUGUUUUGCCAUUUAUCAAAGAAGAAGGAGAAUUUCGAAAAAUUGGAAAAUUGGGAGAAUUAAUUAGAAAGAAAAUGGAUAAAGAAUAUAUUGAUGGAUUUGAGGAAAUUAUGAAAAGUUGCAAAGGAUUGGCGAAAUUGGAAGAGAGACUUGGUGUAUUUUUGGAUUUUAAAAUUUUGAAUUUUAAAGAGCAUUUUUAUAAGAGGAAAGAUAUUAUUGUGGAAUUGGAGAGGUUGAAAUUUGCUGGAAAUUUGGAGAAUUAG